AUGAAUAAAUUUUCUAGAUAAUUAUAAUAAGAAUUAGAAAUUCUUCAAAUUUAAAAUUAAGAAAUUUUAUAGAUUCUCAACUAAUUUUUUGAGGAAACUGCAAAUAAAUUUCAACUGUAAUUUAAAAUAAUAAUUUAGCUUAAAAAAUCAAUUCACUUAGACUUACAAUAGAAAAUAAUAAUUGAAUGUAAAAUUGGAGAAUUUUAUUUCUAACCAAACCAUAGAUAUAUUUGAGUAAUUAUUCUAAGAAAUAGAAUUAUUAAAUUAUAAUAAGGACCUCACUUUUUAAAUUAAAGUUACUAAUUCAAAUGAUAUUAGUCUAAUGUAGGAAAAAAUAUAAGAAUUAUAAUAAAUCAAGCCUCUUAAUAAUUAACUUUUAAACCAUUUUAAUUAAUAUUAGGAAGGAAUCAAAAUAUUGUUAAAUAAUUGUUUAGAAAAAAAAGAAAUAAAAGGCCAUGAAAAUUAAAUGAAUUUAGAAAUAACAGUAUAAUCAAUAAGUUAAUAAAACCUUUCCUCAAAAACACAAGGUAUGGUUAAUUAAAUUUAAUUAUCAUAAAACUCAUAAGAAGAAUAAAAUUAAUAGGAUUAAUUUGUUCAACAAACUAAUUAAAUAAAAGAAUAAAAUUAGUCUCCUCUAAAUGACAUAGAUUAUUAAUUGAUAUUUACUUAACUUGAGAUAUAAGGACAAAACAAAAGUUCUCAGACUCUUUAAGAAUGUUUAUAGAUUAAAAAAUAAGAAAUAAAUUCAAAUUAAUAAAUUUAAUAAACAACUCUUCAUAUUGAAUAAUACAGUUCUAUGAAUGAGACAUAUGAAAAUGAAGUAUUACCUUUAACAUUAAAUGAACUAAAACUCUAAAUCCUACCUAUUAAAGAUUAUAAAGAAAUAAGAUUUGUUGUUCCAAUACAAAAAGAUAUUUAUUUAUUUACAACUUCAAAAGAAUUUUUCAUAGUAGAUUUAAUCAAAUAAAAAAAAUCUCAGAUAGAAAAGUUGGAAAAAAAAAUUAGUUCAGUUGAAAAUAUUUUCCAAAAUAAUUUAAGUAAUCUUAUUUUCGCUACAAAAGAUGGAAAAGUUCAUUGUUAUGAAUAUAAUAAGAUUUAACAUAAAAUAAAAUUUGUAAGAUCACUAAAUUUAUCAAAUAAAAAUGGGCGUUUAUUAAUUAAAAAAAUUGAAAAUAAAUUAGUUACAAUAGGAGGAGAAAAUAGAUUUAAAAUAUAUUCUUAUCCUAAUUUUACUUUAGUAUAAGAAAUAAACAUAACGAAAUCAAAAGCACCAAAAUUUUUAUUAGUGAAUGAUUAAGAAGUUUUCAUUGCAGGUAAUAAUUUGGUGGCAAUUAUGAAUUCCAAAAAUUAAAUUUAGUACUUAGAUGAUAUGCCUGAGAAACCAAAAUGUUUAGAUUUUAAAAAUCGGCUAUUAUUGAUAGUUUACUCACAAAAAAUUAUGAUUUAUGAAAAAAAAUAAAAUAUGUAUGCUUUUAGGUGGAUUUAUACUUUUAUAGAAAAAGAAAUAUAAAUUUGUAAAUUUAUGACUUUCUCACCUUUAUUAUUUAUAAAUGUUAAAUAAAAAUAAGGAUAUGAAUAGUCUUCUGCUUAAAUUUAUGAAGAUAAACUAGAAAUGGAGAAGAUUGAUACUAAAGAUAUAUCAGUUCUUGCAAUUGAGAAUUUAGAAAAUUAAUUCAUAAUAAUUGCUUUAUAACAUGAUAGUAAUAACUUUUUAUAGAUUAAAUUAAUAAAAGAAUGA